CGUCACUGUCGCAAAAACAAACAAACAUCGCUUUACGUUAGUUUGUGUUUUUAAAAUUCGACAUGGCAUCUUCAUUGAUUUGCAACGAAACUCAAAGCAGGGUGAGUACAGUUUUAAACAGAGAUGUGAAGCAGUAUGGAAAGAAGUACAUGUUUGACUGCAACGAAGAGACGUGCUGGAACUCAGACCAGGGUGACUGUCAGUGGGUGUCUCUGGAGUUCCCUCAAUCUGUCAAAGUGUCAGAGUUAAAGGUCCAGUUCCAGGGAGGCUUCUCAGCUAAGACAUGCAGACUACACGGUUGCCCGAAAGAUGGAGCCUUUACCCAGAUCUGCGAUUUGUAUCCAGAGGACGACAACUCUCUCCAGAUCUUUCCCAUACAGGAGGCCCCUGCUGUGGACAAAGUAAAAAUAAUGUUUGAGAAUAGUGCCGACUUUUUUGGGAGGAUUAUUGUUUAUUCCUUAGACAUCCUGGGGGGGAAAACCUCAUGACCAUUUUUUUUAAGGCCUCUCGUGAGAGAAGAGGGGGCUCCUGAGUAAAGUGCAGCAUGGUGUGGAGGCACUUGGGAAACAUGUCAUCUGUUCUGCCACCUCAUGAACUGAUGUGAAAGUGGCCUUUUUUGGUAUGGACUAUUUCUGGGACCUGUCAAGCCAUCUUGCUACUCAAACACAUAAGGCUUGGCACUGACUCUGAAUCUGAGCUUUAAUUGCAGAUUGAAUGGGUUUUUUGUUCUCAUAUCUUGUAAUGGUGCUUUUUUUCUACUUAUAUUGUGCCUUUGAAUUGAAGCCUCAGACCAGUGGAACACAGUAUAAAAAUAUGUUUUUAUUCAAACUUGUUCAUUGCUGUGCUUCAGCCAAACAAAAAUAAAAUCUGCUGCAAAACAUA